AUGUCAGAAUUGAAGAUUACAAAUUUGUUGGAAUGGGGGAGAGUACAUAAUUGCGAAAUCCCCGAUGGAAUUUCUUUUAAAUAUGAACCUAGUCGAGGCAUUUAUUGUGUAACUAAUGUUGAUAAUCUGAAUCAACAGACAAAUAUAAAAUUUGAGUUACCGAAUGAAUUAAUUAUUAGAGAUAAUUUAUCAAAGGAUAUAUUUGGACAUUCGGGAACAAAUUGGUUGAAAUUUUUGUUCGCAAGAUUAAAAUUUGAUACACAAUCAACAGAUGAGAAAAUUAUUUCUUUACAAAACCGAUUCCAAUAUUAUAUUGCAGCUCUACCUACUGUGGUUGACUCUCCGUUAGUUUGGAAUUCCGAUGAAUUAGAUUUACUAGAGGGGACAAAUUUGGGUAGUUCCAUCACUGAUAAAUUCGAGACAAUUUUCAAGGAAUGGCAAUCACUUAUUGAAACACUUAUUGUUGGCUCCGAAGAAUACGUAUUGUCAAAGACUGAAGAGUUAUUAAUGAUCUCUUUUGAUAAUUAUGAUCAUAAAGACAUUUAUGAGAAUAUAAUUCAAGAAAUUGUUAACAAUAAUAAAAUUCAAUGGUAUUCUUUUGGUGCAUAUUUGUGGUCUCACUUAAUAUUUACCUCCCGAGCAUUCCCAGAACGUAUAAUAAAUCCAGAUUGCGAAGAAUCAAGUGUUAUGCUAUUACCUAUUAUUGAUUUAUUAAAUCAUGGUAACCAUGUGAAAGUUGAAUGGUCAACAAACUCAAAAGGCUCAUUUUGUUAUACAAAUCUGGAGCAAAACAUUCCUAUUGGGGAAGAAUUAUUAAAUAAUUAUGGAGCUAAGAGUAAUGAGGAAUUAUUAUAUGGGUAUGGUUUUACGUUGGAUGAUAAUGAAUUUGAUUCUGUCAUGUUAAGGAUCCAGCUACCUCUUGAUACUAUAAAUAAUAUUUUAGAUAAGGAACCUACAUUAAGAUUACCACUUAUUGAUGACUAUACAACAUUUGCAUUUGAAACAAAGACUGCGAAAUCAAGCAUACAUGACACUUCACGUAGAAUUUCUUCUGAUUAUAAAGAUGGUAUACUAUUUUUAUUGAACAAAACUAAUACUAAAGCCUGUUUAGAUCCAAUUAUUGAUUUGUUUGGAUUCCUAGUUUCUAGAACUGGAGGAGAAACUUUCAAAAGUAGUAGGGCCCAAUUUGAUGCUAUACAAUCUCUUAAAAAUGCACUACAUCAGAAAUCUAGAAAUAUAGUUCAAGUGGAAAAUAACGUAAAUGAGCCUCAAGAGCAUACUGUUAGUGAUUACCGUAGAAGAUGUGCUACUAUAUAUAAGGAUGGACAAAUUGAUGUUUUAAAGAAAUCAUUGCAGGAAUUGAAAAAAAUUGAGAAAAAUAUGUUUAGUGAAAACAAGAAUUCGUUAUUGACAACGGCAAAAGUUUUAAAAUAUGACGAAUCCUUUUCUGAUGAAAUCACCAAAGUAUUUUGUCAAGAUGAAACACAUCGAGAUAUAAAUUUUGAUACUAAUUUCGAAAUAUUCGUACUAUGGCUGGUUUGCAAGGUACAUUUUAAAUCUAUCCCAAAAAGGUACGGAUGGGUUCUUGAUCAGUUUAACAGUUUCAAAUCUAAUUAUGGAGAAUCUGAUAUCUCUGAAGGUGCUGUUGAACUUUACACUGAAUUAUUUAGUGAGGGUGAAGAUUCUGAAAGUCGUUUAAUACCUUUCAAUACAGAGACUAAACAAAUCACAUUACAAGAAUUGUCUAUUGCAUAUGAUUUUAUUGAAUAUUACUCCUUUGCAAGACUUUCAAUGUCUGGUGACGCACCAGAUACUAUUCUUGUAAAAGUAUAA